AUGUUAUUGUCUGACGACGCUGAACCUCUUGCUAAUAUUAACCAAAUUGUGGAUAUAUUUAUCGAGCAAAGCAUGGUUCAACAAUGCACUAAAUUCCUUCUAGAAGCAUUAAAACACAACCGUGAAGCUGAAGGCCCGUUACAAACACGUUUACUUGAAAUGAAUUUAAUAUCUGCUCCACAAGUGGCUGAUGCUAUUCUCGGUAACCAAAUGUUUACUCAUUACGAUCGUGCUCAUGUUGCUGUUUAUGAUCCGUUCUAUAAUUAA